AUGGCUCGAACUGACUCUACCAAUUCCGAUCAAGACACCAAUCAAAACCAAAACCAAAACACCAAUUCAACAGCCUCAAACCAUCACUCAAUCCAUCUUGAUCCAUCACAACCUAGCAGCCCGUACUUCAUUAGCACGAACGACCACUCUGGAGCUUUACUCGUCACGCAAGUGUUGGAUUCCAGCAAUUAUCAUCCCUGGGCAAGAUCAAUGAAGCGUGCCUUGUGUAUUAAGGACAAGCUGGGUUUCAUCGAUGGCAGCAUUUGUGAGCCAAUUGAUCCUGACAGUCCCUUGAUGGAUCAUUGGCUUCAUUGCAAUGACAUUGUUAUUACUUGGCUACAGAACUCCAUGUCGGUUGACAUCAAAUGCAGCACCCUGUAUGCAGAAACGACACACCAGUUGUGGGUUGAGCUCGAGCAUCAUCUUGCACAACAAAAUACCCUAAGGAUUUAUGAAAUCAAACAAGGGAUUGCUGCCCUGAUGGAGCAACAAGAUUCGGUGAGUUGUUACUUCUCCAAGCUGAAAACACUCCUCGAUGAACUGAUGAACUAUGAAUCCAUCCCUAGCUGUAGUUGUGGUGGCUUGAAAACAGUGAUCGAAAAUCAACAAAGGGAUUGGGUAAUGAAAUUCCUAAUGGGACUCAAUGACUCCUACAAAGGUUUGAAGGCACAGAUUUUGCUCAUUAAACCUUUCCCCAAUUUGAAUGAGGUUUACUCAAUCAUCCAACAGGAAGAGAAGCGUAGAGAGAUAUCUUCCGACCCUUCUCCCACGGAACCCCUUGCUCUCCUGGUCAAGGAUAGCACCAGACAGCUCACACCUCAAAACAGCUCUCAGAGACGUGACAAAAAUCUAUUGUUCUCAUUGCAAAAUUCAUUAUCACUCUCUAGAGAGGUGUUUCAAGGCCAAUCCCAGCAAACCAGUGUGCAAUCACUGCCAUAUUCUUGGACAUACUACAGAAAAAUGUUACAAACUUCAUGGCUAUCCUCCAGGGCAUAG